GUGUAUGUAUGUCGUGUAACCUCAUUAAAUUUCUAGCAAGUAUAUUUAGAACAAAUUGAAAGCUCUCUUUCUAAUUUUUUUUUCUUUUCUUUUCUUUCUUUUUAGUCAUAUAUAGAUUACAUUUAUUAUGGAUAUCCCGCCCAAGCAUAUGCAUUCUCCUAGUUGGGAUUAUGGCAGUUCAAAGCGUAAAGAAUCUAAUACUUCUUCAGCAGCAACGCAUAGUCAUCAAAACUCUGCAAAUGAUUCGUUUUUCAACCGUGUUUUUGGCUAUCACUCUGUUGAAUCUUCUCGAGCUGCUUCACCUGUACCUUCUUUAGCUUCUCAUACCCAACAAACCAAAAGUAGUACAUUUGAACCUAAUACAACGAAUACCAAGAAAAGUUUUAACGGAAGCUCAUCAUCAGCUUCUUUAACACAAAGCCACAAUACCAGCAAAACGCGACAUACUCGUAAUUCUUCUGCAGGCAAUAUACCUAUUCCACACGCUUCGCCUCUCUCUAUCUCUUCUAAGAUGCAAAGAAGACGUUCUUUUGAUGGCACUGAAGCCGACACUACAUUAAAAAAACCUACCCCGACUCCGAUCCCAUCUGUUUCUGCACGAGCAGCAGCAAGUCCUGUACCAUCCAGUCGUCCUGUAAAUCAAAAAGGCAUCACUGUCCCUAAAAUCAAUACGACGGCUGUACCUUUCCCUAGGGGUGGUAGGCAAAUUGGUCAAUCUGCUCCCAAUCCUACUGAGCAACCUACACAUACAGUAAGAAGAAGUAAUUCAAUUGAACGUGUACAGUAUCGAACAGAAGAUCAACAACCCAAGAAACGACAUCUGUUUCGAUUUGGCAAGAAAAAGAGCGGAAAUCAUGUCACUUCAAAUGCUACAACCAACAAUAGUAAUGCAAUGGCAAUUUCACCUCGUAAAAAAUCAAGCGAUGCUGAUUACAGACUUUUAUUACUAGACUUGUCAAGCUAUUCAGCUGCCUCGGAUGUUCAGAAACUUUAUUAUCAACAACAGAUGAGAGAUGAAAGAAAGAAAUCUGCUAGUUCAAAUGGAAGUAGUCAUUCAGGCAAAAAAGGCAAAGACAAUAGCAAGGAUCAAUUGCUCUAUUUAAAAUUGGAUCAGAAUUUUGAAAGAAUGGAUGGUAUUGUCAAUAAGGAUUAUUAUAAACAUAUACCACCUAGCCGUACCCCUUCCAUCAUGGCAAGUGAUGCUAACGGCUAUGACUUUGAAUCUUGGGCACCACCUGAUAGUUGGGCUGUACAGCCACCUUCUAUUAUGUCCGCUUCAACAAACAUGAUAGAUGAUGAGCACACAGAACUUGAUGACUAUCAAAUGGAAGUACAAGAGAAAUGGGAUGUACCAAAAAAGACUGCCAAUAUCAAAAUCUAUCGUCCCGACAAAACUUACAAUACACUCCAUGUACCCCUCAAUACCACCACCCUUGAUAUCUUGAGGAGGUUGGCUACGAAAUAUUUUCUGUCAGAUAUAAACAAAUACAAUCUUGUGAUGAAACGAUAUAAUACGGAGCGUGUUUUGGGCAUAACAGAAAGACCACUCCAGAUCCAAAAAAUGCUUCAGGAACAAAUGGGUUAUAUGGACCAGGAUACCAUUGACGACAGCAGCUAUCUUGUGUGGUUUCAAAUGGCUCCCAAUAGUACACCACCUAUACCAGAAGACAAAGAAUUUGGUCCUCAUGUUGUCCUUCAAUCCAGAUCAUUGACAGAGAUUCCUGUUUACUUGUACAAUUACCCUUCAAACAUCCUUUCAUUAGAUAUUUCCAAGAAUCUGCAAAUCACACUUCCGCUUGAUUUUGCUCAAGGAUGCACCAAUUUGACUGAACUCUGGAUAGCUGAUAAUGAUUAUGCAAAUUUACCACCUGCUACACACCACAUUCCCUCACUUGAGCGCUUGAAUAUCUCAGGCAAUCGUUUGCGUGACUUGGAACAUGCCCAUCUUGACCAACUCUCCAAACUCGAAACACUACGUGCCAUCAACAACAAAUUAGAAUCAUUACCUGACUCAUUUGGCACUUGCUUUCAGCACUUGACUGCCUUGUAUAUAUCCAACAACUCAUUCACCAAAUUCCCCAUGGUCAUUUGUGACAUUGUCAGUCUGGCAUGGCUUGAUAUCAGCUUUAACAAGAUCCAAAUGUUUCCCGAGGAAAUUGGCCAAUUGACGAAUUUGGUUGGUUUGUAUGCGAUUGCGAACCGUAUCACAGGUGGAUUGCCUUCCAGCUUUAUCAAUCUCACAAAACUAAGAGAAUUGGAUCUUCGGCAAAACUUGAUUUCAGAUCUGGAUGUCGUAUCCCAUUUACCCAGCCUAGAGAUCUUAUUGGUAGACUAUAAUUCUACCAGUAUUGUCAAUUUUGAAACCAAGAGCUUAAAACAGUUGAAGAUGUACAAGAACCAUUUAACUCAAUUCAACCUGAUCUGUCCUGCUGGUCAAGAGACAUCUUGUUUAACAGAACUCAAUCUGUCUUGCUGUAAACUGUCCAGUCUGCCAGAAACCCUUUUUGACAGCAUGAGAAUGCUGGAACGUCUUGUGCUUGAUAGUAAUACGCUCAGCACACUUCCUUCCAGCAUUGGAUCAUUACGCCAUUUAGUGAAACUAUCGAUUCAGAACAACAAUCUUGAUAGCUUACCCUCUAAAAUUGGUAAAUUGACAGAACUCAAGGUGCUGGAUGCUCAGAAAAACAAUCUCAAGAUGCUUCCUAAAGAAAUCUGGUUGUGUGCCUCUUUACAGACACUCAACUGCUCUUCCAACUUGCUUGAAUCAUUUCCUCAACCCGUAUCUACAUUAGCCAGCAUCACACCCUCUUCUACCCCCAUGGCAAACUGUAAAAUGAGUGACAACGAUUUGUCUGACCUGACUUUACUGCAUAAUGAAGACAAGGAUAUGAUGUCCGUCUUGCCUCCUACGUUGAAUGCUGGUCAAGGUGUCAUUAAGCGUCUCGAUCGCUUAUUAGACUAUUCAACCAUCAGUUCACCUGUUACACCUACAAUUCACUUUAACAAUCCUCUUCAAAGUAGUACGACAUCGUUUAUGUAUCAUUCUGAACAACCUUUACAUCCUCACCACUUGACACCUCAACAACAACAACAACAACAGCAACAGCAACAACAACAACAACAACAACAGGAACUGCAAGAACAACCUUAUGAGUCAUCACCAUCACCCACACCUCCACCUCCACCUAAUUUUAAUCCUCCUAGUUUCUUCACAAGCCCUCAUAACCAUCCUCCACCUCUCUCUUUAUCGCUUCGUCAACUCUUCCUUGGUGAUAAUCGCUUAACAGAUGAUGUCUGGUCUCCUCUUUUACACUUUUCAGAACUUCGUACACUCAACUUGUCAUUCAACGAUCUAUAUGAAGUUCCACCUGAAAGUCUUUGCCAUCAACACUUGUAUGAACUCUAUUUGUCAGGCAAUCAAUUGACUUCUUUACCAGCAGAUGAUAUUGAGCGCUUACAGUACUUGCGUGUCUUGGCUGUGAACGGUAACAAACUUCAGACGUUGCCUGCAGAAAUCGGCAAGCUCCGUAAACUGUUGGUGUUGGAUGUAGGCAACAAUGUGCUCAAGUACAAUAUCGCUAACUGGCCUUACGAUUGGAACUGGAACUGGAACUUGGGUCUUAAAUACCUCAAUUUGUCAGGCAACAAACGACUCGAGAUUCAAAAGACACACCCUGAUCCUAACAAUCCAAAAGACAAGGAUCUGUCUGAUUUCAGUGCCUUGACUCGAUUGCGUAUGCUGGGUCUAAUGGACAUUACUAUCUUGGGCGUCUCUAUUCCAGAAGAAUUUCAUGAUCGCCGUGUGCGUACAUCUCCCUCUGAAGUCAACAGUAUGUCGUAUGGUGUAGCAGAUUGGUUAGGUCCUAGUGAUCAUUUAUCAACAUGGGAUUUAGUCAUGCCUCGCUUCCGUGGUAAAGACGAUGAAUGCAUCUUUGCUUUAUUUGAUGGCUCAAAGCAUCCAAAGUCUGGCUGUCGCCUUACGAAACAAUUGAACGAUAUGCUCGUCAGUCAAUUCACGAAAGAACUGUCGUCGAUCAAGAGCGAUGAUACCAUUGUGUCUUCUGUGCGUCGUGUCUUUUUAGGUCUGGAACAAAACUUGGGCUCUUCUCCUUACUUGGUCGAUAAGGACUCAGGCGCUUCUGCUGUGGUAUGUUAUAUCUCAGGCACCAAACUCUAUGUGGCCAAUGUCGGUGAUGCAUUAGCUGUCAUUUCACGCAACAAUGGCCAAGCAUUCGAAAUUACACAGAAACAUAUCCCUUUGAAUCCAAGCGAAGUCUCUCGUAUUCGUGCAGCCGGUGGAUACGUGUCGAAUUCAGGUUUGCUGAACAAUGAACUCAAUGUCUCAAGAAGCUUUGGUCAUUUCCACUUGAUUCCAGUCGUCAACUGUAAUCCAUUUGUGUCGACGAUCGACUUGGCUGAAAAUGAUGAGUUUGUGAUUAUGGCUUCGCGUGGUCUUUGGGAUCGCAUGACCUAUCAAACAGCAGUGGAUAUUGCACGUACCGAGAAAGAUGAUUUGAUGGCUGCUGCUCAGAAACUACGCGAUUUUGCCAUUACGUAUGGUGCUACAGACAACUUGAUGGUCAUGGUCAUUGGUGUAGGUGACUUGUUUGAUAAGCGAGAAAAGCGGUAUAGAAACAAUCGCGGUAAUAACAUGCCUGGUCGAGGUGGCACGGGUGCCGAUGUAGUCGAUGAUGGCUUAUUGAUCAAGACCAAACGAAGAGGCAAAGAAGAAGUACCUGGUGAUUCUACCUUGGCUCGUUUAGAAAGAGAAGUAGCGCCUCCUGUGAGUCAAUUGGCUCUUGUGUUUACGGAUAUCAAGAGUUCCACUCAAUUUUGGGAAACACAGCCUGAAAACAUGCGAGCAGCCAUCAAGAUCCACGAUGCCAUCAUGCGUCGUACACUCCGUAGUGUUGGCGGUUAUGAAGUCAAGACAGAAGGUGAUGCCUUCAUGGUCUGUUUCAAGAACAUCACGGCUGCUUUACUUUGGUGCUUUACUGUUCAACUUCAACUUCUAGAAGCAGAUUGGCCGGCAGGUAUUUUGGAUACAGAAGAAGGUCGUGAAAUCGAAAAAGACGGUGUCUUGAUCUACAAAGGUCUCUCUGUCCGUAUGGGUAUUCAUUGGGGCACACCUGUCUCUGAACGUAACCCAAUCACACAACGUAUGGAUUAUUUUGGUCCUGUGGUCAACAAGGCAAGUCGUAUCUGUAAUGCAGCGGAUGGUGGUCAAAUCUGUGUGUCUUCGGAUGUCUUGUCUGCCUUGCGCAACUUCCCUAGUAUGUUUGAUCAAGACGCGGAUCUUCAAGCUGUCGCCUCUAAUAAUGACGAGGAUGCAUUUUCGGGCACUUUUCCUGUCAGUCGCGAUUUAAUCCAGUUGAAGCAAUUAGGGUUCCAUGUAGUCGAACUAGGCGAAAGACGUCUUAAAGGUCUUGAAACACCAGAAACAUUGAGUUUAGUGUAUUCCAAGCAAUUGUUAGGUCGUAUUGAGAUUGACAAGAGUGAAAUGAUGGCUACAGCAGCACCACCCCCUACUUCUACUACAGCGACACCUAUGGCCACCCCUGGCAGUGUUUCAACCACAGUGGCUAUUACACCUUCUUCUGUGGAUGCUUCUCCUGCUGUAGUGCCGUCUUCAGACUACUUGACAAUACGUCCUGUCCAGAAAAAGACAGCACGUACGAUUGAUGCCAACCUUGUGUGUGCGAUGAGUAAUUUGGCUAUUCGCUUAGAACGCUUGACAUCCGGUCAUGUCUUAGCUAACAGUGGUGAUUCUAUGGAUGUGAUGACACCUUCUGGGCUUAGCUUGGUGCUUGAUAGACAUCUCAGAGAAGAAGCAAGUGAUGAAGAAUUACUUGUCAUGAUGGAAAACUGUGUUGCAAGAGUAGAGAAUGCUGUCUCUUCAUUAUACCUUCAAAAAAUGGGUCAUUUCGCCAACGUAUUAGAGAAGUUAGGUGAAGCGAUUGAUAUGGAUCCAAUGCAUAUCAUCAAAGCACUUCAAAUGUAUGCAGAAGUACUUUCAUAAACUUAUUUUUAUUACAAAAUGGGA